CAUCCCGUUUUUCGAACUCGGUGACUCGGUCUCAAACUCGCGAGUCUGAUACGAGUCAGCGAGUUAACUCCGAGUUUAAAAAAUAACGAGUUUAUAUGCGAGUUAACUCGUCAACAGUGUCAUGACUCGCUCGUACGGGUUUACGAGUCAACCCGCGAGUUCGAUAACCUUAUUUAACCCUUUGAAAAUGGUGAGAUGGGUGAAACGGUUCGGGCCAGAUUAGCCUUCGGCCAUGGGCUACCCGUUUUCCUCACUAUUUUGUCUUAUUUUGUUUCUGAUUCCGAUGCACUUAAACUGUUCGAACAAACUCACCACCGAUCCUUCACUUUUCCAAACAUGAGUCUUGGUCUUUCGUCCUUUACAAGCUGCUAAUGCUAAAGUUUUGAUGACAACACUGUAAAAAAGCUAUUUUCUGAGUUUAAGUUGUGCCUACACUAUAUGUUGUAGCCACAAGCAUUAUGGUUAUGGACAAUGCAUCAGUUCGCAGUUUUCUUCAGGUUCUCCCCCCUGUUGAGUUUGCCUGCGUCUAUGGAUCAUCUCUUCAUCCUUCCAACCGCGACAAGACUACCAUGACAGAUUAUAUUAUAGGUGUGGCUGACCCCAAACAGUGGCAUUCUGAGAAUCUUAAAUUGAAUAAGCAUCACUAUGCGUCCUGGAUGGUGCACCUUGGUGGGGAGAGGCUGAUGGCGAUCUUAUCUCAUGCUAUAUCUUGAUGUGACAUAUAAGAUUACGGGAGUUGCUGAUAAAAUUGGUAUGGGAGUACAUUUCAACCCUUUUGUCUGUUGGAAUGGAAAGCUAUUCAAGUAUGGUGUUGUUCGAAUGCAUGACUUACUUCAAGAUGUACACUAUUGGGAGAAAUUCUACUUGUGUGGUCGGUUACAGAAACCAGUUCACGUUGUUGUUGAUAAUUUAGAUGUUAACAGCACCAAUUCUGUUAACUUGAGAGCUGCAGUAUCUGCUGCUCUUCUCCUGCUUCCAUCAGAAUUCACAGAGGCAGAUCUGUAUGCCAAAGUAUGUAGCCUCUCAUCCACGGGGGAUGUACGCAUGUUAUUCGCUGAGGAUAAAAACAAGGUGAAGAAGAUAGUUUCUGGGCAGUUUGAUCUAUUCCACUCAAUGUAUAAGCCAUUUCUUGAAGAAUAUGAGGCUAAAAAGUUAUUGAGACUUUCAUCAACUGCCAAUAAUCAAAUACAUAUCUCUCAGGAUUUUGACUUAUCAGUUGAUUCUUCUCUGGUUUCUGCACUUCCUCCAUCAAUCAGAAACCAAAUCAGAAUGAAAGGAGUGAAAGAAAAAUUAUGGGAAACUGGAAGAGCCAUAAAUGAUACUCAAAGUAGCUUAAGAGAAGAAGCUGCUAAUUCCUUACAGAGAAUUCUGAGGCGUAGAGUAAUGGUUUCAAGUGCAAGGCAGGCUGUAUCUGGUCUUCUAGCUGUUGGUGCGAUAAAUGCAAGCAGGUACCUUACUAAAAAAGUUAGCAAAGCCUGGAAAUCAUGGAGAUGAUUUUUGAUGUAUUCAUAGUCAUAGAGAUGAGAUUUUCUUGCUGACCUUGGAAAGUUUACAUAUUUAGAUUGGUGACCAUUUUCAGUUCUCAUUUCAUCCUUUCCUAUUCCCUCAUCUUGGAGGUAACAUUUCCUUAAUUCUCUUGAGAAGCACAUAUACUUGGCAACAGGUAUGGGCAGGGUGUUUGAUUUGUCAAUACAUUUUGUAGUUAAAUUUAGCUGUGCUUUGUUAGGCAAGUGGAGUUGUCAGCCAUAAUACCAACAACCUGAAUGAAUUUUAUCUUGUGAUUUUCACAUUUGAAAUACAAGGUGACUUCAUUCUCUCUUCA